AUGUCUUCUGCCUUCCAGUCUGUGCUCAGGAGAAUGGGCAAAUCUGAAAGCCAAAUGGACAUCAUGGAGAAAUCUAGUAAACCCGGGAGACACCGCUGGACCGCAGCAGAGAUUGGGCUGUCCGUGCUGCUGCUGCUGGUCAGCUGUGCUCUGGCCGGACUCGUGGUGCUCUACACAGCUGCAGUAAAAGAGCAAUCUAACCGGAAUGGGCCCGGCAGUUCCAGGGGCUCCACAAGCGAAGGCCAGCAGGAUCUCACGAGCGUAGAGCAAGUUUGCACCACGGCUGACUGUGUAAAUGCUGCUGCGCGGCUGCUGCAAAACAUGGACGACUCUGUGAAACCUUGUGAAAACUUUUACCAGUUUGCCUGCGGAGGCUGGUUGGAGCGGCACGUCAUCCCAGAGACCAGCUCCAGACACAGCGUCUUUGACAUUCUGCGAGACAAACUGGAGAUCGUCCUCAAAGGUUCUCUGGAAACUCCAAGUGACCAGGACAGAGAUGCCAUCAGGAAAGCCAAAGUGCUGUACAGCUCCUGCAUGAAUGAAAGUCUUAUUGAGCAGCGAGAUUCUCAGCCUCUUCUCAAUCUCAUUGAGAGCAUCGGAGACUGGCCUGUGGCGACGGAGAACUGGAACAGCACAGAGGAGGUCUGGAGCCUGGAGGACACUCUGGCCACGCUCACAGCUCGCUUUCACAAGAAGGUCGUGCUGGACUUGUACGUGUGGACAGACGACCGCGACUCGCAACGACACGUUAUCUAUAUCGAUCAGCCGGGACUGGGGAUGCCGUCUAGAGAUUACUACUUCAACGAUGGAAACUACAAAAAGGUUCGAGAGGCGUACCUCCACUUCAUGGCUUCCAUCGCCAAAAUCACUCGCGAGGACAGAAACUUGACUCAGGACGACGAUCGGGUUUUGGAAGAGAUGAUGGAAGUGCUGGAGCUGGAGACCGACAUCGCAAACGCCACGUCUCCGGCAGAAGAGCGACAAGACGUCACGGUUCUCUACAACAAGAUGAGUCUGAGUGAGCUGCAGAGCACAUACAGCUUCAAUGGUUUUAACUGGACCAGAUUCAUCCAGGGCGUUCUCUCCAGUGUGUCAGUGGAGAUCCAGUCAGAGGAGGAGGUGGUGGUCUACAGCGCCCCCUACCUGGAGAGGAUGAACGAAGUAUUGUCCCGACACAGCGUACGAACUAUGCAGAACUACCUCACAUGGCAGCUCAUCAUCGACCGAGUGAACAGUCUGAGUCGCAGGUUCAAAGACGCCCGUGCACGAUACAGAAAGACUCUUUAUGGGACGACGGUGGAGGAUGCCUGGUGGCGUGAGUGCGUCCGCUACAUCCAGAGCAGCAUGGAGAACGCCGUCGGGGCUUUGUACGUGAGAGAAACCUUUGCCGGGGAGAGCAAAAGGAUGGUUAGCGAUCUCAUUGUUAAAAUCCAACAAGCGUAUGUGGAGACGCUGGAGGAGCUGAGCUGGAUGGACACGCAGUCGAAAGAAAAGGCACGAGAAAAGGCAAUGUCCAUAAAGGAACACAUCGGCUACCCAGACCACAUUCUAGAGGAAGACAACCAGAAACUUGACCAGGAAUACAGCCAUUUAAACUUCAGCGUGGAGCAUUACUUUGAAAACAUCCUGGAAAACCUUCACUCCGAGGCCCACAAGAGUCUGAAGAAACUCCGCGAGCCAGUGGACCCUAAUCUGUGGAUCAUUGGUGCUGCUGUGGUCAAUGCAUUCUACUCUCCAAACAGAAAUCAGAUUGUAUUUCCAGCUGGGAUCCUACAGCCUCCGUUCUUCAGUAAGCACCAGCACCAGGCCCUGAACUUUGGAGGCAUCGGAAUGGUGAUCGGACACGAGAUCACGCAUGGCUUUGAUGACAAUGGUCGUAAUUUUGAUAAAGACGGAAACAUGCUGAACUGGUGGAGUAACUACUCAGCGGAGCAGUUCAAGGACCAGUCUCAGUGCAUGGUGCAACAGUACGGAAACUUCAACUGGAAACUCGCCGGCGGACAGAAUGUUAGUGGCAUCAGCACUUUAGGAGAAAACAUUGCAGAUAACGGAGGAGUGCGUCAGGCCUAUAAGGCCUAUCUGAAGUGGGUUGAGAAGGAGGGAGAGGAACCACGGCUGCCCGGUUUAGACAUGGACCACAAGCAGCUUUUCUUUCUCAAUUUUGCUCAAGUGUGGUGUGGGGCGUAUCGGCCAGAGUACGCGAGUCAAUCCAUCAAAACAGACUCCCACAGUCCUUUGGAAUACAGGGUCCUGGGAUCGCUCCAGAACUUCAAUGCGUUUUCCGAAGCGUUCCAGUGUCCGCGAGGGAGUCGGAUGAAUCCGGAACAAAAGUGCAGAGUCUGGUAG